AGGCGCCGGGCAACCGCGUGACCACCCCAGGUCACGCUGUACUUAAUCACAGUUAGCUUGUGCUCCAGCCUGGUGGUGCUCAUGUCUCUCCGAGCCGGGUGACCCAGGGGAUUCUUUUAUGGUGGCUUGCUUUGAAAUGCCAAAAGCACUCGAUUACUCAGAACUGAGUGACUCUUUAACGCUUGCCGUGGGAACAGGAAGAUUUUCGGGACCACUGCACAGAGCAUGGAGAAUGAUGAACUUCCGCCAGCGGAUGGGAUGGAUUGGAGUGGGAUUGUAUCUAUUAGCGAGUGCAGCAGCAUUCUACUAUGUUUUUGAAAUCAAUGAGACUUACAACAGGCUGGCUUUGGAACACAUCCAGCAGCACCCGGAGGAGCCUGGUGAGGGAACCACAUGGACACACUCCUUGAAAGUUCGGUUACUCUCUCUGCCUUUUUGGUUGUGGACGAUUAUUUUUCUAAUUCCUUAUUUACAAAUGUUUUUGUUUCUUUAUUCUUGUACAAGAGCUGAUCCCAAAACAGUGGGCUACUGUAUCAUCCCCAUAUGCUUGGCAGUUAUUUGCAAUCGCCACCAGGCAUUUGUCAAAGCUUCUAAUCAGAUCAGCAGACUACAGUUGAUUGACACAUAAAUCAGUCACCGGUUUUCCUUGUGAUUACAAAACUGCCAGAACUAUAUGGAGUGAGAUCACACAACUGCAGUUUCUUCACAGAUCUCAGGAAGUCGUGGUAGGGCUGAGGCUUUUUAAAAAAUGGCUAGGGAACUAUCUUUAUUUGAAUAAUGACUUUUUUUUUUCUUCUUGGUACUGGGGAUCGAACUCGGGUCCUUGCGCUUGCAAGGCAGGCCACUGAACCGCUGAGCUAAAUCCCCAGCCCUGAAUAAUGACUUUUAAGGUAAAUCCUGAGAUACAGAAUCGUGUUGAUAACUUCAAAUUUUGGAAGUAAAAUUGUGUCUCGUUACUUGCAUUGUUUAGAAACUUAAGUACCUGAACUCAUAUUUCUACUCUACUGUGCAACAGUGAUGAUCAUAAGUUUUUCCUUUGGGGAAAAAAUGAAUAUGAACAUUUCCAUUGUGUUAAGUGGUAAAAAGGUCCAAACAUGGUCAUAAAGUUUAAAUUUUAUACAAUUACUUGACUUGCUCUAAAAUCUUUCAAGCUAAAAGACCAGUUUAUCUUGUUGUAGCUAAACUGAAUGUUUAUGUUUGCUUGUUUUCAGCUUAUGAGGAGUUGGUAUAAAUUAUUAUUAUUUUUGGUAUAAAUUAUUGAGGUGACUGCUGUGGGUGUUUUUUUUUUCCUUGUGCUAGGGACUGAACCCAGGGGCCUGCAUAUGCCAAGCACAAUAAUAUCACUGAGCUACACCCCCAGCCACGAUGGCUAUCUGAUAAGCAGAAUUUGUUCUUUUUCUGGGUAAUGGCUAGAAUCAUCAUCAGUGUUACCAGUUUUAAAAAGCUGUGUGGGAGGAGACUAAAUGUUUGAAAGUCUAAAAAUAGUUUGUGCACAGAAGAUGGGAAGAGGUGGUCCGUGAAAAGAAACAGGUAAUUUAGUCCACUCCUUCACAGCAUGACAUCCUCCUAAAAGCUACUAUCAUGUCAUCAUCCUGAUUUUCUGGCCAAGGUCAGGUCUUCAGGUAAUUGUAUGAAGAUAUGUACCUCCUCCUCUACAUUUGUAAUACUGUGUGUCUGGUACCAAUACAAAUGACUAAAAAA